AUGAGAAAGCUGAAAAUUUCAGGAUGGAUCCUAUGCUUCCAUCUCCAAAUCGUGGUCGGGGUCAUGGACAACGGUCUCCGUGGAGAGGUGGACAACACUGGAGAGGAUCGAACACAAUUGAGCGACAGCAGUAUUCGAGUCCAUACCAAGACGUACGCAGUAACCCUAAUGGAUGGUCCGAUCCUCGGUACUCGUUCAAACGUGGGAAUCAGCAUCAAUCCAACCAACGGCAUAACAGGCAAUCCUUCAGUACUCCUCGUGGCCAUGCUUCAGGAACCUACAAUAAAAGGCAGUAUGAUCAACGGUCACAAGUGA